AUGUAUGGUGAUGCAUUUGAAAGGUUGGGCUUAAAAGAAUCUGAUUUAAAGCUGUAUUUCGGGUGCCUAGUAGGAUUCACAGGCGACAGAGUGAAUGUGGGAGGAUAUGUGGAAAUAGCAAUAGCCUUUGGUGAGGGAGAAUUUGUGAAAAAAUUCCAAGUUAAAUACUUAGUCAUUGCUUUCCGAGCAAUGUAUAAUGUGCUACUAGGGCGAGAUACUCUCAACAAAGUGUGUGCUAUAAUUUCAACUGCUCAUUUAACAGUGAAGUAUCCGACAUGCAACGGGAAGAUUGAAGUUUUAAGGGUGGAUCAAGAAGCGGCGAGAGAAUGCUACGCCCAAAGCUUGGCAUUGUAUGGCAAAAAGGCGGCUAAGGAGAGCCAUCGCAUUACUGAAAUUUCCCCACACGAAGACUUUAACUUGGAUCCUUGUGAUGAUUCAGAGGAAUUGAGACCUCAACCCGCCGAGGAUACAAAAUCUAUUCAAGUGGCGGGGAGAGCUUUGAAAAUUGGAAGCACACUAUCCAUAGAGCAAGAAGAUCGCUUGAUAGAGCUACUCAAGAAUAAUUUGGACUUGUUUGCAUGGACAAUUAAGGACGUCCCGGGCAUUGAUCCAAAGGUCAUUUCUCACAAGUUAUCUAUCCAACCUGGAGCAAAACCGGUAGUGCAAGCACGCAGGAAAAUGGGCGAGGAAAAAGACAAAGCCGUCCGAGUAGAAACUCAAAUAUUACUCGAAGGGCGAUUUAUUACGGAAGUGCAGUAUCCUACUUGGCUAGCGAAUGUCGUUAUGGUACGCAAAGCUAAUGGAAAAUGUAGAACGUGUACAGAUUAUACAAGUUUGAGCAAAGUGUGUCCUAAAGACUCAUAUCCACUCCCAAAUGUUGAUAAAUUGGUGGAUGGAGCUUUUGAAAAUGAACUACUAAGUUUGAUGGAUGCAUAUUCUGGUUACAAUCAAAUCAUGAUGCAUCGCCCAGACGAGGAAAAAACAGCGUUCAUGACAUAUCAAGCCAAUUACUGUUAUAGAACAAUGUCGUUUGGGUUGAAAAAUGCAGGUGCGACGAUCAACGUUUGA